AUGGCCAUGCCUUCCACCUCGACCCCAUCACGCCGUACACCGACCGGAAGACCUCGGGGCAGACCACCGGGCACCACCAACGCUGCGCGGGCAGCAAGGCAAGCGUCGCUAGCGGCGGCGGCGGCGGCGGCUGCCGCGACAGCCACGGCCUCGGAGCCCCCUCCUAAGAGGCGCCGAUAUGUGGCCGGCAGCCGGUUCAAUAAUCAGUCGGCGAAUGUGAGCACACCAGAGCCCAUGGCGGCAACGGCGUCUCGCAGACGCGCUGCGGCCUCGCGCAACUCGUUUACUGGAGGCGGCGCGGCCGCGACGCCAUCCACCCUCCCCGCACGCGAGCGCAGCACGCGCAUCCGCGCUGCUGCCGAUGCCGCGGCUGACGAGGAGCAGUUCGGCUUUGCUGCUGCAGUCACUGCGUCGGUCAAGCAGGCCGACGACUACAAGCCUCGCGAGGAGCGCAGCUGGGAGGAGUUCCACCCUCACCUGGAUAUCGAGAAGUGCUUCAUAGUUCUGCGGUCCGAGGAAGUCGACGGAAUACUGCCGUCGAGUAAGCAGGAGCCUGCUACGCUGCCGGAAAAUGCGACGACGUCAGCGGUUCUGGCAAAUAACGGGUCCAUGACACCAUCUGCCAAAACACCGAAUCCCGCGUCGACGGGCGACACACCACAAGCCCCUUCGCAAGGAGACGAUAAGGCGGCAGCGGCAGGGGCUGGUGCGCCCAUGGGGACGCCAUCACGUCGUCCGCGCAGACCGACACGCGACGCGGUCAGCUUCUACGGGGUUCGCCCGCUGGAACUGCCCGUCCUGGCAACCCCCAAGACACCCAAGGUGCUGCCGAUCAAGAACCAGACGGCGAAAGAGAGGCUGGACCUGAAGCAGCCAUCGUAUCGCAAGACGAACCGCAUAGAACUCUUCGAGAGCAAGACGUUUGGCCAGGCCCGCUACGUCGACAAGGCCAUGAGCAAUGUCGGAUAUCAGGAGAGUGACCGGUUUAACCGUCCGGAGCCCCAGCUCAUCAAGGCCGUCGAUGCGAACCCGGAGGACGGCAUAGACGGCGUGGGCGGGCUACUGCCGGACGGCGCUACCGACAUAGACGGCGGCGCCUACCACCAUCAUCCUCACAACCCCAACCAGUCGCGCUUCGGUCGCGUCGAGUACGACAUGGACGAGCAGGAUGACAUGUGGUUGGAGCACCACAACGCGCUGCGCAGGAGCAACGAGCUUGAGGCUAUAACGCGCGAGCUGUUCGAGAUCACAAUGACCAAGAUUGAGAAGGAGUGGCACGCUCUCGAGAGGCGCAUCCCCAAACCGAACCCGAAACCCCCGCAGACGCACCGUCCGCGGUCCGGGUCCGCUGCUGCCGUCAACGGCGAGCCGCAGGCCGCCGCCGACGAGCCCGACACUAAGUGUGCCAUUUGCGAGGACGGCGACUGUGAGAACACCAAUGCGAUAGUGUUCUGUGAUGGCUGUAAUCUCGCGGUCCACCAGGAGUGUUAUGGUGUGCCGUUUAUCCCCGAGGGUCAGUGGCUCUGCCGCAAGUGUCAGCUCUGCGGAAGGGGAGUCCCGACAUGCAUAUUCUGCCCCAACACCGAUGGCGCAUUCAAGCAGACCAACUCGUCCAAGUGGGCCCACCUGCUAUGCGCAAUGUGGAUCCCAGAGGUGUGUCUGGGGAAUCACACCUUUAUGGAGCCGGUCAUGGACGUGGAAAAGGUUCCCCGGACGAGGUGGAAGCUCAACUGCUACAUCUGUCACCAGAGGAUGGGUGCUUGUAUCCAGUGCGGUAAUAAGAAUUGCUACCAGGCCUUCCACGUCACCUGCGCCCGCCGCGCCCGCCUGUUUCUCAAGAUGAAGAGCCCGUCAGGCCAGCUGGCCGUGCUCGACGGCGGCAUGAUGCUUAAGGCAUUUUGCCACAACCACUGCCCGGCCGACUACACCGUCGAGCACGACGUGCACAACGCCACCAGGGCCGCCAAGAAAUUCUACAGGCGUAACAUGAAGGGCCGCAUCUGGGCUGGUAACCACGCUGUAGCCAACGUGAUUGCGGCGCGGCAGCGCGAGGAGCACGAGGUGGAUGAAGCCCGGAUGCUCGCCGGCGCUGUCUCGGACAGCAACAGCAACGGCAAGAAGAAGGACCCCCAACAGCAGCAGCAGCAGCAGCAGGAAGGGAAGAAUGUGUGGAGGUUGCCGUCUGGUGCCCCGGUCAUCCCCCAGGUCGUCUUCGAUACAGUCGAGUCGUCCCUCCUACGCUUCACUUUCCGCAAGCGCAAGGACUUCCUCAGCGAAGCCUGCCGGUACUGGACGCUCAAGCGAGAGGCGCGGCGCGGCGCGGCCCUGCUCAAGCGCCUCCAGCUCCAGAUGGACUCGUUCACGUCGAUGGAGCUGACCAGGCGCAACUUUGCCGCCAUGGGACCCGACGGCAAGGAGAAGCUGUCGAGAAGAAUCGAGUUUGCCGAGAUGCUAGUCAGGGACCUGGAGCAGCUCAAGACGCUGUCGGAGGAGACGGUUGAGCGGGAGAAAUGCAAGCUCGAGGCGGCGGAGAUGGAGAGCGAGUUCGUGGACGAAUGCUACUUUCCCGUGUCUACUCUACUUGUCCCGGCAAUGAACAAGGCCCUGUCGCUCGACAGGGACCUCUUUACGGAAAGCUUGAACCCCUUGCAACGUCGCGUCGAGGAACGAUACUACACCAAGGCGCUUGCGUUCGCCCAAGAUCUCGGUGAUGUCAUCAGCGCAGGUAUCGCCACGGCACCACCAGGGCCCGAUACGGACGCACUCGGCACCGUCGCAGGUGUUGUCGCAGAGGGCGGACUCGGCAGCAACGGCAAUGGAAGGAGUGCGUUUGCAGAUAUCCGUGAUCGGCGCAAGCUGGGCAAGCGCAUCCUCAAGGCGGUGCAGCCCCUCCUCGAGACGGCGUUGCGCGUCGAGUCGGAGAUCACCAGCCAGCCCUUUGCGGCCCUGCAGAAGGCUCUGGAGGCCAAGAUCGAAGCCAGCAUCAGCGCUCAUCAGUCCAUCACUGUGCGCCCCAGCGACAGUGGAAACAGCACCAUCAUGGUCCGGGCGGACAAGAUUGGGUCCUGGAGCAAAGAGGACACGGACAUGACGGAGGAUGGAGACAAUAUCGAGGUCAAGGCUGCGGCGAGCAGUGUCAACGGCAACGGCAACGGCAACGGCAACGGCAACGGGCGCGGGAACGUCAAUGGCGACGGUGAUGUCGAGAUGACUGAUGCUACUCUCAACGAGUCCGUCUCUCAGCACCACCCAUCACCCAACAGUACGGGCUACGACGGCAGGGAUACCACUGCUGGUGCCACGACGACGACGACGACCAACAAUACCAACGACAACAACGACAACAACGACAUCAACAACAAUAACAACAACGACGAUGACAACAACAACAACAACAACAACAACAACAACAACAACAACAACAACAACAACAACGGGCUCCCAACACCACUUCGAUCCAACGUCAGCCUUGGAAAGGACAGGGACGCCCUCUCGGACGGAGGUAUAGUCUGGUAUCUAAAGGAGUUCGAGCCAUACGGUACAUCCAUCCUGAACAUGAUCCGUCCUCAUAAAGAAGCGGAAGAGGAAGAAGAGCCGGAAGACGAACAAGAACAGCAGCAACAAGCCAAAGCCACGACGGUGGCAGCUCACGCCCUCCCCAAGGAAGACACGGGGACGCUGAGCGAGGAUCUGACGGAUCCCGACGAUGACGAGCUCAAGGCUCUAGGGGCGGAAGUCGACCAGAGUCGUCUCUCGGCGGCGGCGACAGCCAAGCCAGCUGUGAACAGCACGCCUAGGGGUAAGGCGAACAAGGUGGCUGCUACGCCGCGUAGGACGUCGGCACGGAGAAGGUGA